AUGGCCCCCCGACUCACACCCACAAAGUGUAUUUUCUAUAUGUGUAUCCUGACCGUUAGCCUGCUGUUUCUGUACUCACUGACGCUGUCUUUCCAUUUCUUCAAUCUGGAGUCUGUGGGCAAAUGUUGGAGAGUCAGGGGUCCAAGUCUUUGGAAUAAAGUCAAACCACCUCCUAAUGUCUUCAUGUCAAAAGAUACCAACGUUACUGAUGACAUAUUCAACUGGUGGAAGGUAAAAGUCGACUUAAUUUUACAGAUACAGCCACAAAGUCUGCACUUCUUACCCUGUGCCCCUCAACAGUGUCUUCAACCCUGUGGGGUGUGAGACUGGAGAGGGUCUUGAUUCUCCGUUGUUGUUCUUUCUUAGCUGUUGGGCAUCAGCAUCAGUGUGAGGGAUUUUUUUUUGGGAGGAGGGGGCGCUAUGUCUCCUGAGCUAAUAAUAAGUAACGUAACAAGUGACAUGAAGUCCUAGAAAAGUUGAUAAUCUGUCUAUUUAUGGUCAUUUCACAGAUCCUAGAUUGAGAUCAUCAGGAGAGAGAUGAGAUAUUUCAAAGCUGAAAAACACAUUUGAUUUACACCCUGAACGCAGUAAAAACAACCGCUGUCCCAACCCUUAGCAUGGCGUCAAAAGAGGACAGCCACCACAGGAACAUGCUGUUUUGUUCUUUUUAAUCCCUUCGAUAACGACACUCCUAAGUGCACUACCAACAAAAGCACACAAUGAGGAAAACCCUGGGGCAAAAGUGCAGAUAUUAGGGCAGUUUCAGUCUGUGUUUACUGUGAAUUGUUCAAUACCAUUACCAUGUCUGAUACAGCAUUUUUAUUAACUGGGAUUUUAUUGAAAUAUCAGGGUUUUCUGUUCAUAUUUUUUUAUUUUAUAGUCUUAAAACUUCACACCUUACUUCAGGGUUAAGUCCAAACAACAGUACCUUUCUAUUGCCAGAGCCUGUUCUAAGCCACACAUCCUGGUAGAUAGUGGGGAACUGGUUAAUUAAGUACUAAUAAGAGCAUGCAAGAAAUGUAUGAAGUAUAAAGUAUAAAGAUAUAAAACGUUAUGUACAAUGCUAUGUACAAUAAGUAUAAAAGGUUAUGAAAGGCUCCCUCCUCAACAUGCUCCCUCCUAAAUUGAUGCUCCAAAAAAAACAGGUGUAUCAGCUUGAGGUUUCGCAAGCUGUAUUCGCCACACGUCAGACAUGAAAGCUGGCAGUUAGUGUAGUUUAAUAAUCAUGAGGCACUGAUGCAUUUUGUUGGUUGGUUGGUUGGAGUAGGAUGAAUAAAAAUAUAAUUAAUCAUACUUUCCUCUCUGUUACAGAAAAUACAGGGUUCGAAGAGAAACUUCACUUAUUUUAAGGAGACAGUGACAGAGUCUUUCAAGUUGAUCCCACCCGUUUCAGAUGCUUUUAAACCCCGUCCUGGUCACUGCAGGACUUGUGCCGUAGUUGGUAACUCUGGUCAUUUGAUUGCAUCACAUUUUGGAUCUCUGAUAGACAGUCAUGAUGCUGUGAUAAGGUAAUCCAGUCUAACAGUGUUAAACAGUGAUCUCUUAAACAUAUCAAGUUUCAUUAACUGCAUGAUGAUAUAUUAAUUACCUUGCUUCAUUUAGAAUAAACAGAGGUGUAGUAAAAGGCUAUGAAGAGGAUGUCGGGUCCAAGAUAACUCAUCGUGUCUUGUAUCCAGAGAGUUCUCCUCGAGUGAAAAACACCACCAAAAUUUUGUUUUUUCCAUAUAAAGUUAGAGAUUUCGAUUGGCUUCGUCAACGCUUCAAUUCAGAGUAAGUGAAAAAAAGAGGAGAGCUGGUACUCACUCAAUGUUUCAGGGCUGUCCUAAACAUACAGACAUGACAAUAACUGUCUUUUUGGAAAAAUGAAAUAAUGAUAUUAAAAUUAAGCACACAGUAAUACCCAGAGUUCAUUGUGUAGGUCUCUGAGCAAGCACAUCUGUACUUGGUCACCAGCUCAUUGUUUCUUUCAUUUAACGUUUAAUAUCUCCACCAACAGGGAUCCAAGAAGGAAACUGAACAAGGAUAUGGUGGGUAUUUAAUCAUAUCAAUCACUGCUGUGUGUUCAAUACGAAGGAUUUUCACUUUUCAGGUUAAGAAUACCUCUGACUCCUUACAGGUGACGGUCCUUCAUCCAGCUUUCAUGAAAUAUGUUUAUGACGUUUGGUUGGACAGCAGAGCCGGGUACGGGUCUACUGGUUUCAUGACUGUGAUUCUCGCCUUGGCAGUUUGUGAUGAGGUAGGUUUCAAACCACACAACAGGUUUUUGUGCUUUACAGUUGAUAGUUGGUGGUAGUCAGUUUACAUCAGCAGUCCUACUGAAACUGGACUUUUAGAAUACACAUUAACCCCUGCAGACCCGCUUUCUUUCAGCUGGGCAAAACAUUUUUUUUAAAAACUGAUUCAGACUAGAAUUUCUAGAAGACGUUAUUUUGAUCCAGCUGACUAAAAAUUAUGAUUGAGAGACUACAAGACCCGGUUGGUAUAUCAGGGACAGCUCUGAAAUGGUUAGAUGUUAAGUGUCAGUAGGAGAGCGUGUUUCCCCAUCACUCUGGAGUGAAUGUGGAGUCCCUCAAGGGUCAAUACUGGGACCAGUUUUUUUCUAUCUGUGUGCUGAAACUUGGUCACAUAAUACAGAGUCGCAAUAUUUUAUUUCAUAGCUAUGCUGAUGACACUAUGCUGUAUCUGUCUGUAGAACAAAGCUACAGGCAGAUAGAGCUGAAAAACUGGAUGGAAACCUGACAAAUUAGACAAAAGUGUAAUACUCUUCACUGGUCAGAGAAGUUAAACCAGUCCUCCCUAAGAGCCUAACCCCAAUUUCUACCGCAUCCGGAACAGCUACGAAAAGGCCGUAUCUGCCAAUCGUAACUGAUUGUAACCAUUCAAGUUAAUGUGUCAAUUUCCACCGGCUUCUUUCCGUCCCACAACGGAUCGCUGGACUCCGCAGAUGAUCGCAAGAGUUUUAUUUUUUCUGGACACCGGAGCAUAGCGGAUAAAUUCAGCACAGACCAAUGCGUGCUGGAAAGGAAGUCGACCACAGACACAAAUAAAACAUCCAGCUUCCUUUCAAAAUAAAACAAUCCGUGUUUCAGGUGGAUCGAAUUUCACACCAUGCAAACGGGCGGGGACAAACAAGUGAAAGGUUUAUAGACAGCAUUUUACCCCGAUGACACCACGAAUGAGGAGAUGCUGAUUUUAUAAGUCCAGAAGUGGAUUCCCUCCUCUGGAAGGACACAAUCUACUGCUUAUAUGGUUAGCCUAUGUGGCAAAGAGACAACUAUUUAUCGCUUGAUUGCACGUGAAUCCGCAGUGAGUUCUCGCGAUUCCUGCUGUCCAUAAUCCGCCACGAACUUCACCUCACAAACGCACCCGGUAGGAAUUGGCGUACCUCAAAAAUGGGUCCAGUGGGAUUCCUGGGUAAGAGACCCGGGGGAUACUUUUGACAACAGCCUCACUUUUCAGGAACAUGCAAACAAAGUAAUCCAAUCGUGCUCUCGCCAUCUUGGAAAUAUUGCCAUAAUAAGAUCUGUGCUGAAUUUCAUUGACACCCUAACAGCUAUUAAUGUAGUUGUCUUUUAACAGGAAUAAAUCAGAAUUAAGUAUCUUAUUUUAAAUUACUUCUGAAAAUGUAUUUUUAUCAAAAGUUUUCUGAGUUUUUCCGUAAAACAACAAAUCAAAGUUGUUUCUCAUGCUGUUUCACGUUUGUGUCCCCAGGUCAGCGUAUUCGGCUUUGGAGCAGACGCUGACGGAAACUGGAGUCACUACUUUGAAAAGGCCAAAUAUGAAAGACUAGGAACUGGACUUCAUUCAGGAAAGCGUGAAUAUCGCACUCUUGAACAACUGCAUGCGGAAGGACAAUUAAAAUUUUUCAAAAAGCUCUAA